GCGGCUAACUGGUAAAAUCUCUUUUUUUGUUUCCCGGGCACAAAACACCUUCUGAAUGUGAGCAUGCGAUUGCUAUUAAAAGAACGAAACAACGUUUCCAGCGGCGCUCUCCCUCAGCGACGGGGCACCCCAACUUCUAACGUUGGCCGCGGGGUCGAACAACUAGCCGCCUUAUUACGUCUCACUACCUAAACGGCUUUUGAUGAUAACUGUUUUCUUUGUUGCCGACUUUUGAAACACCUUUGUCGUGCGAAACUGCAGAAUAGUUGCCACCUUUUUGUGUCAGUUCAUUGCACUGAAAAGUUUAGCUUGUGCUUGUUCAGGAUCGCUCAACGGAGACGCGUCACGAGCUGUUCGAACUACAUUGAAAAGCUGCUGCCCGUGGAUUGGUUCGGAGGCAUUUUUAGGUCCCAUUUGUCUCUUUCAGCUUGAAGAAGUGGAUGUGUGAACCCAUUAUAAAGGCUGUUGUAAGAAAGCGAAAAUGAAGGCUUAUGCAUAUGCUCUGCUCUUUUUGGCAGUCUCCGUGUUCACGGCGACGUGUCUCUCGCCCGUGCUUGGUGCCGCGUCUGUGAGCGGGAGGAUCGAUUUGCUCCCGCCUCUAGACUCGCUGCCUGAGGACUCUUUUUUGACUAUUCAGUUGUCUGACACCACUCGGGCUGAUGCUGAAGCAACUGUGCUCGUGUCCGUCCAGCAGCCAAUCACCAACACGUAUAAUGCUAAUCACGCGAUGGAGUAUAAAAUUUCUUUACCGGUGGAGUAUCGAGGACCGGUGACUGUGUCGGCGUGGCUAAACGUCGGGUGGCAGUCCACUUCGGCGAAUAGGAUUCGCCGGGGCGAUUAUCUGACAACAUCCCAUUAUGGAUUUACCGCCUCUCCCGAAGAAAGCGGUCAUCGUGUCGAUCUUUUGCUGAAGCGUUACGUUUAAAUGUGUGCGUUAAAACUCGUGCAUCUUUACUUAGUCUACAUUAUCGGCGAUAUUGAAGGCGUUGAUAUUGCUGUGUCAGCGUGCGUGUUCGUGUUGCGUAUACCUCGCGGUAUGCAAACCUUGAAUGAAGAAACUGUAGACUGGCCGCUGCAUGCCCCUGGGUUCAUAUAGUACACUCUGAUUAACCGUGAUGACCGGUUCUGCUAGCAUAUUGUGUACAAUCCCAUUGCGAACGAUAUUUACACAGCGUCAUUAUGCAGUCCAGACAUAACAGGUGAUGACUUCAAUUCCUUUCUCUUGUGUUUUGACGUGGAGUGUGUGUUUGCUGAAACAGGAAAGUGAACUUUUCAAUGCAGGUGGAAGCGGCGACCUGUAUACCCUUGCUUGUGACUACAGAGACGGACAUAGUGGAUUAGUUGUCAAUCCCUGUCGCGCUGUGACACGUGACAUCCGUAGAUUUGGACAUUUAGUGCCCGUGAAGCAUCAUCUGUCUGCAUAAACCGUACAUGCAAACGCACGGCGUUGCCAUAGACGGCAAAACAGGUCAUCUGGGAGGUAUUCGUUGUAGACGCGCAUGACACGGCGCGGCGACAUUUUAGAAAUAUUGAUAUGUAGCAAACACGUUCUCGUUACUGGCAAUACCAGAAAACGGGAGCGCUUCACCUGAAACCAUUCCAUUCUAGAUCGUUGAGAGCAUGAGCUAAUUGUCGUUUCCAAGCUUGCACUUAAGUACCCGUAGUGCUGAUAUGACGUUUGUCAUCCAGAAGAAAGUUCGCAAUUCGGUGUUCGGGUCAAUUUAGUGAAUUUUGUGUUGCUGGGUUCUGGUAUGCAUCUGGCUUAACUUGAUGCAUUGUUACGCAGUCUAUGUACAUCUGUUGGUACUCGCUUUU